AUGGAGUUUGGACUGUAUGACCAGUUGAUGGUGGAGCUGAGGAAUGAAGACCCUCGUGCAUUCCAUCACUUCAUGAGGAUGCCACCAGCCAUGUUUGAUGAACUUGUAGAGCGUCUGAGACCCAGGUUGACCAAGGCUAGCACCAACUUCCGUCCCAACCUGGACCCUGGACUGAAGGUGGCACUGACUCUGCGGCACCUGGCCUCUGGAACCACAUAUAGAAACAUGCAGUAUGCAUGGAGGGUGCCACACAACAGCAUCAGCAAAGUCGUCAGAGAAGUGGUACAGGCCAUCGUUGAAGAAUACGUGGACGAACUCCUCAGGUGCCCCACCACUGAACAAGGCUGGAGACAACUUGCAGAGGAUUGGUAUCAGAGGUGGAACUUUCCCCACAUCAUUGGAGCCAUAGAUGGGAAGCACGUGGCCUGCAAAGCUCCAGCCAACUCAGGGUCCACUUAUUACAACUACAAGGGCUUCUUCAGUAUCAUCCUCUUUGCCAUGGUUGAUGCUGACUACAAGUUCAUCUACAUCAAUACUUCAGGCAACGGGUCAGCUUCAGAUGCCCAGAUAUACAACGCAAGUGACCUCAAGGAUGGGCUGGAACGCAACCUCAUCAUGGGUUUUCCAGGUCCAGACCCCCUUCCCAAUGACACACAAGAUGUGCCCUACUUCAUCGUUGGUGAUGAUGCGUUCUCCCUCAGAACCUACCUCAUGAAACCGUACAGUUCAAGAUACCUCACCUGUGAAGAGAGAAUCUUCAACUACAGGCUGUCCAGGGCAAGACGGGUGGUGGAGAACGCCUUCGGCAUCCUGGCCAACAGGUUUCAGAUACUUCUCACCACCAUGCAGCAUGACCCAGAGACUGUGAGGAGCAUCAUGGAAGCUUGCUGCAUCCUGCACAAUCUCAUGCACACCCGCUACCCAGUGUUGCAGAACAGACUUGUCGACCGUCAACAAGGGAAUGGGGAAAUGAAGCCUGGUGAAUGGAGGCAAGGAUGUAACCUGAUGGACACUGUGGGUGUACAAGGCCCCAACAGAGCUUCACGUGAAGGGAAGAAGCAGCGCAACCUCCUGAGACACUGGUGCAACUCCCCAGCUGGAUCAGUUGAGUGGCAAGACAGGAAGAUGGAUGAUUAG